CAAGACUAAAAAUUCUAUCAAACAAUUGGAAAAAUAAGCAAAGUUCUUUUCUUUAUUAUAAACUAUUGAUCAAUCUAUAAACUAUCAAUCAAAAUUACUUAAUUAAAAGUGCUUCAUAGUGCAUCAAAUUAAAAAUAAUCAGUGCUAAUUAUUAUAAAACUCUUGAAAUUAAACAGAGAGCUUAGCAUUUGAUUAGGCCGGAUUUCGAUUUGGUUUCGCCGGUUUUCGGACGCAUUAUGCUUACGGACAUUGGCAACAGUGGAGCGAAUGGUAACGGGAACUGCAGCCAUAAUGUUGGCAAUGGUCAUGGCCUAGUCAGUGGCAUCAACUCGAGUGGCUCCUCCAGCGGAAUUGGCAGCGCUAGUAGCGAGAAGUUGGCAGUGCGUAACGAUGAGGCCAAUACCGAGCAGGGCGGUAAUUCCAAGGAUGGUGAUGGCGAUGACGAUGACGAUGAUGAUGAUGACGAUGAUGAUAAUGAUGGUCAUGAUGAUGAUGUUAAUGAAGAUGAUGAUGCGGAUGAAACUACGGCGGAAUCUCCUCUGCUACCCCUAAAAGAUAUAGAGUCGUCGUCCCCUCGAGUACCUAGCUCCUCGCACAUAUCAGUCACCAAUCGGUCACCCCAACCCGCUCAAUACACCUCCCUCACAGGUGACCCAGACGCAUCACCCACGCACCAACCCACGACACCCACUUCCACGCCCAACAAGUGUCGCAGGCGUAGCUCUCUUAGCAGUCCUCCAACUUCCUCGCCCGAAGACAGAGAGCCUCCUCCAUUAGAAACAAACAACAACAAGGGGGAUUUCUAUUCGCACUUGUCCAACGGCACCACCCCCAGCCACGACAAGCACAACCCGGAGGAAUUCCAGCUAUAUCCCAACGACACCUUCACCCGAUUAGAGGGUAAAGCCCCGAAGCCACAAAACAAGAUGCAGACCAAGGUGGAUGCGGUAGGCCGCAUCACUGGCCCGUGGGGCAAGUGGCAGCUGCGAACAGUGCUGCUAAUCUUUCUCUGCAAGAUCCCCUCGUCCUGGUUCAUGGCCUGUAUUAUUUUCACGGCCCCAGCUCCGCGCCAUGGAGAAUUCUUCUGCAAGCCGCCGAACACGGUGGGUGCCCAAAACCAGACCGCAUGGAUAAAGGUGUCACAUCCCCAGAAGGAAGAAACCGAGGAUCAAGAGUUCUCCAUCGACUUCUGUAAUGUGUAUCAGGAUGCGCAGGAGCACGCCCAUCACUACUACAACUACGCCAACAGCGACCAGGAGCCGAGGGUGUGGGAGAAGCCGCUGAACCGCAGCUCUAAUCUGAUCCCCUGCACGGAGUUCCAGCACCAGGCCGACUUCCACUCCGUCGUCACCCAGUAUGACCUCGUGUGCUCGCGUGACAUUCUCGUCUCGGUGACACAGUUCUUCCAUCUGUUUGGUGUCCUGACUGGUGGCAUCCUAGCCAAUCAUUUGCUGAAAUAUUUUAGUCCCAAGAAUGUUAUGCUUUUUGGAAUGAUAACUCAGAUAUUCUGCGGAAAUCUUACGGGCCAUGUGGCAUCCUACGAACUGCACGUAUUCUUCCGUUGUCUCUCAGCCGUUUGCUGUGCUCAGAUGUACACCGCCGGAGGACAAAUUAUGGCUGACAUAACUGGAGGAAAGUAUCGUACUUGCGUGUCGACGUUGUUCGAGCAGUUCUGGUCUAUUGGCGUUAUGAUGCUUCCUGGGCUGGCUAGCUUCUUUUCCAGCUGGUCCCACCUCUACAUGGCCAUCUCCUGGCCAACUGUGAUACUUAUCUAUCUGUGGCAGUGGAUUCCGGAUUCUCCCCGCUGGCUCAUAGCUCGAGGUCGAGUCCAAGAUGCCAAGAAAAUCCUGCUGCAGUGCGCCGAGAUGAACGGCACGCGACACAGCCUGCCGACUGACAUCGAUCAGCAGCUGGAGCUCCAGGCUCAGACCGCAAUGGACGCUCCUCCGCCCAGCGGCUGGUGGUCGAUGUGGAAGGGAGAACGGGCGGUGCGACACAUAAUAUGUGUGCACCUGGCCUGGUCGCUCUACAUCGUUGUCUACUACGGAAUGCUGCUCAACAUCCGGGCCUUUAGCCGGGAGCACCUCUACAUCAACACCUUCGUAGCCGGUUUCAGCGAAAUGAUGGGCACCUUCUUCGGCCUGUUCCUGAUCCUGAAGACCACCAGAAAGUGGGUAUGGACGGGACUCUUCAACAUAAUUGCUGGAUGCAUCGCCUACUGCGGAUGGCUAGUUCCGAAAGCCGGAGUAAUUCCCAUUGAUGCUCGGGUGGCCCUGCUAAUGUGCUCCGCUAUGGUUUCCAAAAUGGCCAUUUCCACUACGCUCAGUAUACUCACCACCUGCACUGUUGAAUUGGUUUCAGAUGACAAGAAGAAAAUAACUUCCUUCUCUACAAUAUGCUGGGCUCGUUUUUGGCUCCUGGGAGCUCCAUUUAUUGGCUCCACUGUCAUCUUUGGCCAGCUCAUUCCCCAGACAGCUUUUGCUUCUCUGGCCAUUUGGGGUGGCUUGUGCACCGUCCUGAUCAGCAGUCCUCGGACUCAUCCCAUCUCUAGACCCGCUUCACCCGUCGCCCAGGGUACUCAGAACAUGGCAUCGCAAUUUACCAUCAUCGACGGCAUGGACAACAAGGGCUAUACCCCAAGCUCCAAGCCGAUCUACGCGAAUAACCCCAUAAGGAAACUGACCACGCCGCAAUCAAAUCUACCUCCUCAAUUGAUGCCCGGCAUUUGGACGACCAAGAUCGACGAGGAUGGCCCACCAAUGUGAUCUGCUCCAGGUUAGGGUUCCGUAAUGCGAUCAGCUGUUUUGUACAACAACUUUGUGUGAAGGGAGGUUUUUUUGAAUGAUAUCCCUUUUCGGGUGCAGAUUUUCUAUUUGGUUCAUAUAAGGCCCGUUUUUGAUCCUAUAAGAUCUGUAGGAUUUGUAUAUUAAUGCUCGUAUAGCCUUUUUUAACUCUUCGAAAAUGUCUUGAAGGUAAAAAUUGGGCAGGUGGCUAGUGAAAAAAGGCAGCUGUUCAAAAUUAAGGCUUUUCAGAGCAGAUCCUGAGUAAUGGUUUUGAUCAGUUUGGUGGCGCUGUGACUUGUGAACUACAGUCUACAACUUUGAUAUACAAUUUAUGUACUUAUAGCCUUUUAACUACUUUAGGAGCAUCUCCAUUUGUAACGCGCACUAGCAAACUUUUUGAUGCUGAAAGUCUAUCGAGUCCUUGCACUUGCAGUCCUCUAUACGUCAGACCCAAUAUCGGAAAGCUCAAGUAACUACAAUUUUAUGAAAACCAAAAACAAACAAUCUUAACUUUUACUCUAAGUAGACAAACUUCUUAGCCUAAUGAUCUGAAACAGAAUCCCUUACCAAAAUUCAAUUACCCGGAAAAAGACACUUGCAAAUAAACACCAUAAAAAAGAUUUUCGACAAAAAAAUCAACAUAAAAAUACAAAAAAAAAAAUUUAUUUUGAUUAAAUAUAAGUUUAGGGAUGAGUUUAUUUAGAAGACCAGCAUAGAAGGCCAUAAAGCACUCGAUACUGGGCUAAGAUUCUGUGCAGCCAUAACAAGUAGUCUCGUAAGAUACAAGUAUUUAAAAUGUGGAGCUCGUCCCGAGAUAAGCCCAGUAUUACUAAUAGGCACAAAUGAAUCAAAGCCGAUGCGAAUCGAACCGAAUUAAACCUCACGUAGUCAAACCCAUUUGAUAGGGAAAGAAACGAUGAUCCUUUUAAAGGCCUGGGAUUCCACAUUUAAGUGAUUGUGUUGUAAACACCUGGAGAGAAAUGUAUGAAAAGACAUAUGUAUAAAGUAGUUACACUAUUAAUACAUAAUAUGAAAGUUUUAAUUGUCUUUCUCGAGCUAUUAAUUAGUUAUAAUGCUUCUAGAAAAAUAAUAAUUUUAAAGUACACAUUAGUUACUUUAUUACCGUUAUGUAUUAUGGAUUAGCAACUUAGUUUAAAAUAAAUCAAUUAGUAGUCUUUUUAGAUUUACGUACUUAAAGUCCUAUAUAACCCAUACUUUCAAAGUUAAAUUAUUAUUAAAAAUUAGACUCUAGGAAAAGCGUUUAGCAUCUCGUUGAAUGUUACAAGAUAAUGGUUACUAUAUGAAAAGAAAUGUUAUGCAUGGCAAAGAGCAAUAUUUUUCUAAUAAAGCCUCUUCAAGAAUUAUUUUUAUGUUGACAAA